UAACAAUCAACACGACGCAAAACAACUGAGCGGGAGAUUCAGAGGUUUUAGGCAGUUGUAAUUGGAAACGACCUUGUCUGUGUUCACGGCAUUCUGUCAGAAUCAACUCGCGUCAUGUGAUGCUGCCAUCACGUGUGCUUGUCGUUUGUAAGGCGCUAGGGCGUGCUUUUGACUCGACAUUGACAUUGACAUGGAGUGGAACCCGGUCUCUGGGCUUCGUUAAUAAUAAAAGUUGGGGUAGAUUCGUCUUGGAGCUCCGACUCACCGAGACUGACGAAAGGGCGUGCACCAGAAAAGAUGCGGCACAAGGUCAAGGUGCCCCCCUGCCAAUUCUGUAGCAAGUCGUUUCUGAGGACGGAGCAUUUACGGCGCCAUGAGAGAACUCAUACAAAGGAGAAGCCCCAUGCCUGUAUAUGUGGACGGACGUUCUCACGCCAGGACUUGUUAUCACGCCAUGUCAAGUUGGCCAAGGAGUUGGGAGAACAUGGGCCCCUUAAUCCUAAUGCCUCCCACCGGCGAAGGAGAGUAGGGGACAAGACCGAAAUUCCCAUCCCGGAUUUUGAGCCAACAGAAGGGCUGAGAGCCAGUAACACACACCAUCAAAAUGCCUUGACCCCGUCCGCGAGCAAUGCGCAGCCCUGCCAUUCUGCAGAGUUGGACAUGCUAUGGGACAGCUUCCAAUUGCAACACAACCCUUUUGAACUUUCAUAUUUUCAUCCAGAAUUUCCGAUGAAUUUUCAAGCGUAUGAUUUUUCGUCUUCGCUAAGUGUGCCGUCGCUGCUGGAGACGACGACAUCUGAAAGAGAUGUGUCAAUCAGAACAGAAGAGUGCAUAUGGCAGGAUGACUUGCCGUGCGCUUCUUCCUUGUUGCUCCAGCCCCCUAUCAAGGAUCCAUCUAUACACCCUCGGCCAAUGCUCGCCAAUGCGUCGGUUGGCACGCCGAGCGAGCAAUACUUGCAGUCUUCGGCGAGGAAUCUAUGCUACAUGUCCCGGGAUGCUUAUGACUUGGUUUCGGCCAGAGUCCAAGACAAUGCUGCGCUUCUCCCAUUGGACUUUCAGCUUCCUUCGAAGCAUACAUUCAGUAGAUACAUUGAAGGCUUCUCUAGCUUCAACUUACACCGGCCGUUUCUACAUCUCUCAACAAAAAAUCUCUCUCAGAUGCCAUUGGAGCUGGUAUUUUCCAUUGCUGCAAUGGGGGCUCAAUAUCGAUUUGAGGCAGAGUCGGCCUUGUCGCUGUAUUACGCUGCCAAGAGUCUCAUAGAUAUCAAACUCAGCAAGGUUUGCGCAGCCGUAGUGGAGGCCGCUCAUAACUCGACGAUACAAGCAAAGCCAACUCAUGAAGCCGUUGCUAGCAUUAUGACGAAUACACGGAGGUCUAUAAAUCAAUCGCCCCUUGAAAUUGAAACAAUCCAGGCCAUGAUCAUUUGCAUGUCCCUGUGUUCAUGGGAAUACAAGAAUCUAUUACCGGACGCGUUCAGUUUAGCAGAACAGAUUGUCUUUCACCUGCGCCAAGGAGGAUACUUGCGUGAAGACAAUGUACCAGAGAAUGAAACGUGGGAACAGUGGAUAUAUAACGAAGGGCGUCGACGGACGGUGUUCAUUGCAUUUAUAAUCUUCAAUCUACAUACAAUUUUCUACGAAACUCCGCCGCGGCUCAUGGCCCGAGAACUUUGGUCGAUAAUGAUGCCACAGCACGAAAGUGCAUGGUGGGCUUCCACGGAGCCUGAAUGGGAGGAAAUACGACGUCGUGACCCGCCAAUGUCUAGUACUUUUGGCGAUUAUUAUUUGGAAUUGACCAUACCCAAGGAAUCACGAAAUCCGGACCAUCGCACUUCUGCCUUUGGAGGUCUGAUUUCUGUUCAUGGUCUGGUGCAGCAAAUACACCUCACGAGAGAGACUCUUCUCCAUAUUGACGCCUAUGGAGAUGUUGACAAAGUGCCAUUUUCAGAAGACGUCUUUAUGAAGUUUAGACGAGCCCUCUGUCGCUGGGAUGGCAGCUGGUCGCGGAACAGAGAGAGUACCACGCAGCCCAUUGCUUACAUGGCGCCGCUAGGGUUUAAUGCUACAGCAGUGUUCCGCAUUGCCUGGAUAAGGCUGAGCUUCAACAUGGCAGUAUGUCGAAACUUUAGUACCAGAGAUCCAGCUAUAAUCGCAGCCGCAUUUGCUCAAUCUCCCAUGCCCGAACGAUCGCCGCGUUUGUAUUCGGCCGUUCUCCAGAGCGCCCAUGCACUCAGCAUACCAGUUCGCAUCGGAAUCAGAUAUGCAUCAAAAACUCAAAUCUUGUCCUGGAGCAUCAUUCACAGUAUUGCGAAUCUGGAGUGCGCUUUGUUCUUAAGCAAAUGGCUCAUGCGGGCCAGCUUGGAGAGUGAGUCGUUGGAGCAAGAGGAGAAGGUCUUGAUUCGCAUCAUUGCGCGUAUUUUGAAGGAGACUCCCUUCUUUGAACCUAGCUCGGAAGACUACUGCAGUGCAGUGGUGAUUAGACACAUAGCGUAUUCAGUGUUACGACUAUUUACGGAGAUGUUUAAAGAGUCUCAUUUGUUUGAUGCAAUUGGAACGUGUAUAGAGGCGGUUGACCAGUAUGCAGCAACGUUAGAAUGUUAUAACGAGAUUUAACAAGGCACGUAACAUAUAUAGGCG